AUGGAUGCAGCUUAUGUGAAGUUUAUGAUGUGCCAGUGCCUCAUGAAUCGAGCGGAUUGGGGCUUAGCCAUCGGCUGUAUGAAUGUCGUCUACUCCUUUUUCCUCUUCCAGUUUUGGGCAGUGGAGCUCAUCAGGUCCCUCGACAGUGAGUAUUAUCCCGUCAAGUGGGUGUUGUUAUACGGAUUUAAUGUGAUGUUUAAUGUGAUCACCAUGAUGAGGAUAGUGAAGAGGGAAAGCAUUUCGGUCUUUUACUGGAUGUGCGAAACAGGUGCCCUUUUGAUAUUCCGCAUGCACCAUCUCUACUACCAAGAAGAUGACUUUUGGUUGGCCCAAAGGGAAUUGUACAAAGUGUCCAACAUUAUGCUCGAUGCUUAUAUUGGCAUCUCGCUGUUAGCCAUGGUUUAUGUUAUGUUGGGCUUGGAUUUGGAACCCGAUAUAGAGUUUCUCGAAGAAGAAAUGGUCAAUGAUUGCAAGUUCAACCCAAGAGUAGUUGAAAAGUCCGUCCAGAAGGAAGAAGAAGUCUUGGAAGGGGCAAGGGAAAUGGAGAAGGAGCAGCAAUUGGCCAAGCAGAAGGAACUAGAAAACGAUCGAGAAAUGGAAGAACUUAACCGUAAAGCCACUUUGAAACUAGCUGAUAUAGAGGAAGCGAGAACCCUCUCUGUUGAGGAGCUAACCCCUCCAAUUGAACCAACUGCACCCGAAGAGGAACCUUAUCCGGCCAGUUAUUUCCUAGUAAAUGAAUACCCUGAACCUUCAGCUCCUCCCGAGAGUCAACUCAGCCUCGAUGAGGAAUUCUUCUGCGAGAUCAAUGGCAUAGAUGCCCUAGACGAUCAAGUCAAUGAUAUAUCAUUCGAUGAAUAG